UUCCCACCCCCCAUUUCUACUGUGUGUGGGGGAGUCGAACUACGCAGGUGCCGUCUGAGAUUUUAAAGAGAACCCUCGCCACCCCCACCUCACGCACGUAUCGCAAUUCUUAUUUUCUAUCCGAAUUCCCCGUGCUUGCGGAUGGAUCACGUUUAACUGUUUACACGUAGAUUCAGAGUCAUAUCCAUUUGAGGGUCAUUGCAGUCCUUACCUGCUUUAAUAAUGGUUGGGGGGCGGGGACAGUCAGCUACGGGUGAAAGGGAGAUAUACACACUGCUUCCCUGGGUGACUCUGGGCAAGCCCCUACCUUCUUGUGUCAGUUUCCCCUGUAAAGUGAGGAUUUGGAUUGUAGUUUCCAAAUUUGCCUGUGGUGUGUGAAUUCAAAGGGGGAAUGAGGGGAGGGAAGUUAGGAGGGGUGUCUACAAAUUCAGGUGCUUGGGGACGGAGUGCAGGCCUUGGGGGUUUUGCAAGCUCACCAGCUCAUUCGAGCAUAGCCAGGUAUGUGGGAGGCGCUGGGCUGGACCAGAUCAACCCCAGGGACCAUUAUUCCAACAUGAAUCCUCUACUUCCUUUCCAGGACAUGGUGUUAAACUUUAAAAUGGAAACCUGAAAACAAUAAGGAGGAAUGCUGCUGUGAAUCUCUUUGCCCCAUCACUGACUCCUAGGUCUUUGCUUUGUGGAGGCAGGAUGGACAGAUUCCUGGUGAAGAGGGUUCGAGGGGACCUUUUGGGAAAGAGGGAGCAAGAGCAGGCUGGAGAAGGCCCAGCAGGGUUGGGAGAAGACGAGGAAAGCACCAGGAAAAGGCCCAGGAGGGAACCGCCGGAUAAGGAUGUGGACUCGGGAGGCCCAGACUGGCGACACCUUCGGUCGGAGGGCCUGGACUGUGAUUACACAGUCCUCUUUGGCAAAGCGGAAGCGGACGAGAUUUUCCGGGAGUUGGAGCAAGAAGUGGAAUAUUUUACAGGUGCACUGGCCCAGGUGCGGGUGUUUGGGAAGCUGCACAGUGUGCCAAGGAAGCAGGCGACGUAUGGCGACACCGGGCUGACCUACACCUUUUCAGGCCUCACUCUGUCCCCAAAGCCUUGGAUCCCGGUGCUGGAGCGAAUCCGGGAUCGCGUGUCACGGGUGACCAGACAGACCUUCAACUUCGUGCUCGUUAACAGGUACAAAGAUGGCCGCGACCACAUCGGGGAACACCGGGAUGACGAAAGGGAACUGGACCCUGGGAGCCCCAUCGCCUCCGUCUCCUUUGGGGCCUGCAGAGACUUCUUCUUCCGCCACAAAGACUCUCGGGGGAAGAACCCCGCCCGGAGGGUGGAGGCGGUCAGGCUGCAGCUGGCCCACGGGAGCCUGCUGGUGAUGAAGCCCCCGACCAACUCUUGCUGGUAUCACAGCCUCCCCGUCCGCAAGAAGGUUCUGGCUCCGCGAGUCAACCUGACCUUUCGCAAAAUCCUGCCUGCUAGGAAGUAAACAGGUUUUCCAGUGA